AUGCCGUACAUAUCCGUCUUCCAGCAUCAAAUGAAGUGCGGCGAGAUCACCGAGGUGUGCCCUGAAUGCAAGCAGCGCGUCCGAAGGAAGGACUUGGUGGCGCACCCUACUGUCUGUCCUGCUCUGAACCGUCCUGCGCCUGUACCUGUUAGCUCCGCCUUCAAUCUCGGCUCAUAUGCCAUGCGGCGGAGCCCCUCCGUCUUCGUGUGCCAGAAGUGCUCCACUGGCUGCGAUUCUAUCGAUGACCUCCAGGUGCACAUGUUGACGGUGCAUCACGGAGAACCGGAGGCGGACAAUAUGCUGGAGGAGACGCAGUCUCAGACGGAGAAGCCCGUAGACGUCAUCGAACCACCGCGCGACCUCAAGAAAUGCUCUGCCAGCAAUUGCGACAAGUACGAAACGGACCAGGUCAAGUUCAAGCUCUGCGCUCCCUGUAAGGACGUGGGCAAGAAGGUGCCCUACUGCAGCAGAUCGUGCCAGGCUUACGACUGGACGCAGGGCCACGUGAGCGUGUGUGGCAAGCCCGAGGAACAGCUAACGCCACCAGCAGAAACGGAGGCGGCACGCAACGGCGACAGCGCGGCGAUGGACUUGGAAAAGGAACAGAGCCAGAGCUGA